AUGUUAACUUCAAAACAAACAGUUAAUGAGACUGCAAAAUGGAGCCAAGCAAAUGUAGGCACCCUUAUUGUUCUGAUGGUAGAGGAAGUUAAGAAAGGAAAUAAGACUACUUCGACUUUUAAUAAAGCUGGUUGGAACAACAUUGCCAAUAACUUCAAAGAAAAAACUAGGGUCAACUGUGCCAUUGUACAGUUGAAGAACAAAGUGAACAAACUAAGACAGGAUUAUAGUCAGUUUAAGAAGCUAUUGGAGACAACUGAUUUUGGUUGGGAUACUGCUUCAAGAACUUGUACUGUUGAUGAUGAAUCCAUCUGGGAAUCGCAUAUUAAGGAUAACCCUACUUGGGCACGAUUUAAGAAGCAUGGACUACCACAAUGGCCAGAAUUAUGUAUGGUAUUUGGUGAUACAUAUUUAGACGGCGAAGGAAGUGGGACUCAAACUACCGUGUUGGAAACUAUGGGGGCCGAUGAUGCUAGGAAUAUGAUUGAGUCUUGUGAUGAGUCAAGUUCUGCUGAUGAAGUUAUUCCAUUAGAUAUGAGUAAAUCAAGGGUAGAACGAGAUGUGAGCAUGUCCACUGCUUCAACCCAAAAUGCGGAACAGAUGUACGGGAUUACUAGGGCCAUGGAGGUGCUUGAGUCAGGAUAUGAGUUAGAUGAAGCACUAUACGAGAAAGCACUUCGGAAGUUAAUGGCUGACCCGCAAUGGAGAGAAGCAUUAAUUUCUUGCCCUCCUCAUCGGAAGUCAAUACUCCUUCCUACCCUUCAGUAG